AUGGAACUCAACCGAGAACAUUUUCGCGCCAUAAUUUAUUACAACUUUCAGAGGCAAUUAUUGCAACAAGAAUGCCCUGCUGAGUUACUGUCUGUUUUCGGCAACGAAGCGCCACAUCAGUCGACAAUUUCCCGUUGGUAUGGAGAAUUCAAACGUGGACGGGUGAUCACCCAGGAAAACGUCGAUGCUGUGCGCAAACUCAUCAUUGAAGAUAGACAUGUGACAUAUCGCGAGAUUGAGGCGUCCUUGAAGAUCUCAAAGACCUCAAUUCAAAAAAUUUUACAUAAAGAAUUAGGAGUAAGAAAAUUAGUUUCUCGUUGGAUACCCCAGCUGUUGACUGAAGAGCAGAAAGCAGCCAGUGUUAAUUGGUGUCAAAAAACGCUUGACCGUUUCAAUUCCGGAAACUCAAAAAAUGUGUAUAGCAUUGUUAGUGGUGAUGAAUCGUGGAUUUACUGUGAAGAAAAGCCAACAAAAGUCAUCCGUUCUCGAAGUGUUUCGAAAAAGAUGGUCGCGACAUUUGUGUCAAAAGCGGGUCAUAUUGCAACAAUUCCUCUUAAUGAGCAAAGAACUGUUACUGCGGAUUGGUAUGCCACCAUUUGUUUGCCAAAAGUCAUCACCGAGCUUCGAAAAAUCAACCCCGAAAGAAGAAUCAUCCUCCACCAAGACAAUGCAAACUUGCACACAGCCCAAAAAACAAGGCAGUAUUUAACGGAAGAAAACGUGGAAUUAUUGGACCAUCCUCCAUAUAGUCCCGAUCUAAGUUCUAACGAUUUCUUUACUUUCCCGAAAAUUAAAAACAAACUACGUGGUCAAAGGUUCCAGUCACCAGAAGAAGCAGUUGACGCAUUCAAAAAUGCCGUUUUGAUUCUGCCAGUAGACGAGUGGAAUAAGUGCUUCGAAAAUUGGUUCGACCGCAUGCAGAUGUGUAUUAAUCUUCAUGGAGAAUAUUUCGAAAAACAAUAA